UGUUUGGCAGAAAAAGCUGCAGCAACCAGAUAUUAAAAGGAGAGAAAGAGAGAUAGGGAGAUUGAGAUAUGUCGUCUACGUCCUCGUCGUUGUGGAAAGAACACAAAACUUCAGAUGGGCGGAAAUAUUACUACAACACGCAGACGAAGGAGACUAGUUGGGCCAAGCCCGACGAGCUGCUGAGUCCUCGCGAGCGGGCGCUGGCAAAGACAGAUUGGAAAGAAUACGAGACUCCAGACGGCAGAAAGUACUGGCACAACAAGCAGACGAACGAAUCUGUGUGGAAGAUCCCGGAGGCGUACAGGCUUGCGCUGGAAGAGGCCGAGGAGGCGGAAGAAGAGGCUGCCGAGCGGGCGAAGCUGGAGGCUGAGCUGGGUGUUGGGCAGACGCGGAUCAGUGAUGCGUCUGCGGGCGCGAAGAUGAUUGAGGGCGCGGGCGAGGAUGUUAAUGGUAGUCAAGACAACCAGCACGCGGAGGUAGCUGGAGCGCGCGAUGAGUUUUCGAGGUUUAGUGCCGGCGGCGCGCGCUACGAUGAUCCAGAGGCGGUGUUUACGCAGAUGCUGAAAGAGCACGGGAUCGAUUACACGUGGACAUGGGAGCGAGCGAUUCGGGAGAUCAUCGAGGAGGACACGUACACUGCGGUUGCGGACGCGAAGCAGCGGCGGGCUGUGUUUGAUAAGUUUGUGGCCGAGAGUCGGAGGAGAGCGGGGGAGCUUGCGAAGGAGACGAUCGAGAAGCGGAGGAAUGACUUUGUGGGGCUGCUGAAGCAGUUGCCGGAGGUCAAGUCUUACUCGAGAUGGAAGACUAUACUGCCACUCAUCAAAGAUAAGUCAGAAUACCUGGCCUUCCAAGACGACGACGCAAAAGAGACGUUCUACAGCUACACGGGGGAGCUUCGCAAGAAGGAAGACGAAGAGACGGAGCGCCGGCGACAGGAAGGCAUGGCGUCUGUGCGCAAGUUUCUCGAGGACCGAAGCAAUAUCGACGUGUACACGCGGUGGCACGACGUGAAGACAAACAUGAAGCGCGACGCGGACCUGCGCGCGGAGCUGAGCGUGCGGGAGCUGAAUAUGCUUGAUAUCCUCGCGGUGUUUGAGGAGGUGAUGAAGAAAGUGGAGAAGCAGUUCCUGGACGAGCGCAAGGAGGCUAAGCGCGGCGUGCGGGAGACGGAGAGGCAUCGGCGGGAGGCGUAUGUGGAGCUGAUGGAGGCGCUCGUGCAGAGCGGGGAGAUCAAGCACGACACGCGGUGGAUGGACAUUUAUAAGCGGGUGAAGGACGACGAGCGGUAUGUGGAGAUGGUCGGGCAGGUGGGGUCUACGCCGCAGGAGCUGUUCUGGGACGAGGUGGAGAAGCAGAAGAAGGAUCUGCGGAUCAAGCGGGAUAUCGUGCUCGAUAUCCUGGCGGAGGAGCGGUUCGAGGUCGGGGAGGAGACAAAGUACGAGGAGUUUGAGCAGGUGGUGCGGCGACAUAAGCAGUCAGAGACGAUCGACGACGAGGCGCUGGAGUACGUGUUUGAGCGGCAGCGGGCGCGGGCGCAGCGGCGGGCGGAGGAGGACCGGCAUCAGGAAGAGCGCAGGCUGCGGCGGAAGCUCGACGGGCUGCGGUCGGUGAUGCGACAUCUGGAGCCGCCGAUGACGGCCGAGUCUACGUGGGAGGAGAUACGGGAGCGGGUGAAGGACACGGCGGAGUUUGCGGAGCUGGAGGAGAAGGAGCGGGUGGUUGCGUUUGAGAAGCAGCUUGCGCGGACGAAGGAGGACUCGCGGCGGCGGCGGGAGUAGUAGAGUAGAUG